UAUUGAGGCAUAAAUGGCAGCUUAGACGGGUUCCCAAACUUUAGAGGAUCAACCUCGGGUCAUCACAUGCCUCAGCUUUUGGUCGCUUUCAGUCGUCACCAAUGACGGAGUUACGAGCGAUCCUAAGCUCUUCUCCUCUUAUCCCGACCACCUCCCAAAGACAUGUCGGUCACAUUUGCUUCUUCUACACAUUAUAUUCAAACGAUUAUAUCCACGCGCUAUCUAGAAGUUAACGGUUAACGAUAUCCCAUCAACGUAAAUGGCAUUCGGAAUAGACUGAUUACAGGCCGGUCCUUAUUGAUGUCAUGUCACCAUGCCGGUGCAAUCAACCCUUCGCCAUUCGGCAUCCGAAGACGUACUAGUAGAAUUCAUCAACAAGUAUACAAAUCUGUUUCGAGACCGCCUGCGGAAAACAUCCAGACGUUCCAAGCUCUUUGCAGCCAUCCUACUUGCCGCAUCCAUAAUACUCAGUGCUGAAGGUGGUCGGAGAUGGUGGAAACGGAGAGCACAGGAAAAAGAGCAAGGACGGAAGCUUUUACGAACCAAUUCGUGGUUGUUCAAUAAGGAUGGCUCGCGAACGAUAUACGUCCCCUACAAGGAUGGAACUUCGAAGGUCGUCAUUAACCGGACGAAGCCUUUGACGUUCGAAGCACAUCGUCGGCUCUUCCUCAACCCGCCCAAGGUCUCGGGACUUGGCGACGGAACCGUUCCUUCAGCUCAGACUAAACCAGGACUGAAUCUUGCUUUCUUACAUCAGUUUCUUAGUCUAAUGAGCAUCAUGAUACCGCGAUGGACCAGCAAAGAGGCUGGAUUAUUAAUCAGCCACGGCGCGUUUCUAAUGCUCCGUACCUAUCUUUCGUUGGUGGUUGCGCGCCUAGACGGUGAGAUUGUCCGAGACUUGGUCGAAGGGAAUGGACGGUUAUUUCUAUGGGGUAUAGCGAAGUGGUGCGGUCUUGGUGCGUUUGCAUCUUACACCAAUUCUAUGAUCAAAUUCCUCGAAUCCAAAGUUUCUAUCGCGUUCCGGACUCGGUUAACAAGAUAUAUCCACGAUCUAUAUCUUAAUGACAAUCUCAACUACUACAAGCUAUCCAACUUAGACGGUGGUGUUGGACAAGGAGCCGAUCAAUAUAUCACUCAAGACCUAACCAUAUUCUGUGCUUCGGCUGCCAAUCUAUACUCAUCACUUGGGAAACCAUUUAUCGAUCUUUGUGUUUUCAACUAUCAACUGUAUCGGUCUUUGGGUCCGCUGGCGUUAACUGGUCUUAUGAGCAACUAUUUCUUAACAGCAAGCAUUCUGCGAAAGAUGUCGCCGCCUUUUGGAAAACUCAAGGCAGUGGAAGGACGCAAAGAGGGAGACUUCAGAAGUCUUCAUGCUCGUUUGAUCGCUAACGCCGAAGAAGUCGCCUUUUACGGUGGUGCUGAAAUGGAGAAGACCUUUUUGAACAAGGAGUUCAAGUCUCUAAAGAGUUGGAUGGAAGGAAUCUACCUACUCAAGAUUCGCUAUAAUAUCCUCGAAGACUUUAUCUUAAAAUACAGCUGGAGUGCUUAUGGCUAUCUAUUGUCAUCUUUGCCAGUCUUCCUUCCAGCUUGGGGUGGCGUAGGAGGGACGAUGGAGAAGGCCGACAGCGCCGAAAAGCGUGGUCAGGAACGCAAUCGUAUGAAGGACUUCAUCACGAACAAGCGGCUUAUGCUCUCACUUGCAGAUGCGGGUGGCCGCAUGAUGUACUCCAUCAAGGAUUUAUCCGAAUUGGCUGGUUACACUAGUCGCGUCUACACUCUGAUUUCGACGCUACACCGCGUACACGCCAACGCAUACUUCCCGCGCCCGAGUGGCAACGAGCUAUACUCGCUUUCCGACGUUCAGGGUACCAUGCAGUUGGGCUUCGACGGCGUGCGGUUCGAGCAUGUGCCUAUCGUCGCGCCCGGACUUUGGCCUCAAGGCGGCGAGGAAUUGAUAGAGUCGUUGUCCAUGAUCAUUCGCAGAGGAGAGCAUCUGUUGAUAUCAGGUCCGAACGGCGUCGGCAAGAGUGCCAUUGCUAGGAUUCUUGCUGGACUUUGGCCAGUCUACCGAGGCUUGGUAAGCCGGCCUAAGACAAUUGGUCAGGAUGGCAUCAUGUUCAUACCUCAGCGGUCGUACUUGAGCGUGGGUACUCUACGCGACCAAGUUAUCUACCCAGACGGCGAGUUGGACAUGCGCCUUAAGCGUAAGUCCGAGGACGACCUGAAGCGCGCUUUGGAUGACGCCAAACUCGGCUACCUACCCGAUCGAGAGGGUGGCUGGGAUACUCGGAAGGAGUGGAAGGAUGUUUUGAGUGGCGGCGAGAAGCAGAGAAUCGGUAUUGCCCGAUUGUUAUACCACGAGCCGCAUUACGCCGUGAUCGACGAGGCCACCAGUGCCGUUUCCACCGAUGUUGAGGGUCUCUUGUACGAAACAUGCAAGGAAAGGGGUAUUACCUUAAUUACCAUCUCAACACGUGCCUCCUUGAAGAAAUACCACACAUUCAACCUCGUCCUCGGGAUUGGCGAGAACGGCAAAGAAUGGGAGUUCGAGCGAAUCGGCACGGAGAGGGAGAAGAUGCAGGUGGAACGGGAACUACAGGAGCUCCGAGAGAGGCUGUCUCAGGUCGAGCAGUGGAAGCAGCGCCGCGAAGAGAUCGAGAAGGAACUCUCGCAGGUAUUGGUUGAGGGCGACGCUUCUCUGGACCCGCCUCCUUAUGUUGAAGAAAAUACUGCCGAGCCCGAACCUGAAAAGGGUGAGGCGUAGCUAGCGAUGUAGUCUUCCAAGAUCACGACGUUCAUGUACGAUGCUAUGUAUAACUAUGUUGUUGUUACUAUCCAAUCUGGUGCAUCAUCAGCCUGUAUCAUCGUCGUUAUAUGUGAUAUUAGGGUUUGACGUAGCGCAAGUUUUUGAAAUGGUGAAGUCAGGGUGUUGGCUGGCGCGUUGGUCGUAAAUGACGGCAUGUAUCAUCUUGGCCAUAUGAAAGAUAUAUUGUAAGUUCUUAUACACAGCUUCAAAACAGACUGGCCCUAUUUAUAAGCACUGAGAAAGAGUUUGUGUUACGGCGUAACAUGCCAGAGCUCAGAAAUGC